CGGCGCCCCCCGAAGGGGCCAUGUCCAAUGGGGUCUACGUGCCACCCAGCGCGGCCAACGGGGACGUGAAGCCGGUGGUCUCCACAACACCGCUGGUGGACUUCCUCAUGCAGCUGGAGGACUACACGCCUACGAUCCCAGAUGCUGUCACAGGCUAUUACCUCAACAGGGCAGGAUUCGAGGCCUCUGAUCCACGCAUCAUUCGUCUGAUCUCCUUGGCUGCGCAGAAGUUUAUCUCUGACAUUGCCAAUGAUGCGCUGCAGCACUGCAAGAUGAAGGGGACGGCCUCGGGCAGCUCCCGCAAUAAGAGCAAGGAUAAGAAGUACACGCUGACCAUGGAAGACCUGACACCAGCACUUGCAGAAUACGGCAUCAAUGUGAAAAAGCCACACUACUUCACAUAAAGACUGAGGGCUGGUCACUGGGAA